ACACUGAUCUUUCUCGACAGCGUACAAACAUACUGCAUUACAGAUUAGGACAGUGUUAUUACUAAAUAUUUCACUAAAAUACUUUGUAAUAUUACACACUCCACCUCAGCCGUUUUGCAUUUCCAAUUCGCCGACAUGUUCGCCUUACUUGUAUCUGGAAGAUUGGUUCAAACAAAUUUUGUUCAAUCGACGGAGGACCAGCGAAAAUUUAUGAUAGACAUUCCACAAGCCGAAGGCGUGAAUCAUGUUGCCGUAUUUCUUACCGGAGAAUCGCCCUUUCCACUUGGAACCGGUGGCCAAAUUUACUUUGCUUGGCCUGAUUCUCAAAACAAAACCACUUGGCGUUUGGCAGGAUACAUUUCUAAUGAUAAGCCGUCAACAAUAUUUAAAAUUUCUGGGCAUUCGAAAUCGUACAGUGAUGACACUAAAUCAUAUUUUGCUCAGCCUCUCCUAACACCCACGCCGUGUACACAAACUGCAAAGAUUGGAAUUUUAAUCGAGUCUUUGGAAACAAUUAAACUAAUGAGCAAAUAGAACUUGAUACAUUUUUUGAUAUUUAUUCAUACAAAUUUAUUCAAAUAUGAUUAACGUCGAUCUAUAGUCACAUAUGGAGAAUAAUUCAGGUUCGAAAGUAUGUUGACAAUUUGUAUAUUAAAA